UAUAGAAACGGUACUUCAAUGUCUCGUUCUCCGCCAACCAGGCCGGUGCGGCCGCGCCCCACUCUGGCCCGCACGGCGCACUGACAGUGAUACUAAUUUAGUUAUAUGGCGGCAACUCCUUGGCAAGUAUCAACAGUUUUGGUGCUUCUGGCAUGGAGGACGCGGCAGCCAGGAAAGCGCGGGUGAAAGCUCUGAGGGAGGCCGCAGAGCUCAGCUGGGGAGGAGCUGGAGACUGGUGCUCGGGACGGGGAGAAUGGGGUUGAUGCCCCUGAGCAUGAACAGGGGGACCGGUUUGAAACUAUUUGCCACGAGAGGAGGAGCUCUAACGUCAGCGGGAAGUUGGGUCGAUUGUCCAAAGUUUGAAGACCCGGUGGCAAAGUCGCCAACCGUAGUAGACGACCCUGAGGUGCACCUGCGGAACACAUUUGGGAGCAUGGACCCUGCCGGGGAGGGGCGCCUCGACUGGCAGAAGAUUCAGGAGGGUCUGCGACAGUACCGGGUAGAGCUCACAGCAGAAGAGGGGCGGCGCGUGCUGGACAGACUGGAUGCUGACGCCAGCGGUCGGGUGGAGUACAUUCGGCUGCUGACAAUCUUCACGGAGGGCACGUCGGGCAGCCGCCCAAGAACGUCAAGCCCGCCACCCGGUCAGGCUACAAUCUGGCACUGUGAGACGGGCAGCGUGUACCAUCGCUGCGGUACAACCUUUUGGAGCAAGUCCGAAGUUUUCUCAGCAGUCAUACGCCCGACGCCGGGGUCCACAGGGUACUGCUCCGACCUGGACCGCUUCCAAAGUGCGCUGAAUGGUGGCAGCGGGCGGUCGCCCUCCCGCAAGCGCGCCAUCAGCGCGGGCGUGCUGCAGGAGCUGGCGACCAGCAACGACACCAUGGCGGCGGCCAAGCAGGCGGCGCGCAUCACGCGGCUCACCGGCCAGAAGCAGAGGUACAUGGAGAUGAGUCGGGCGACCGAGAACGAGCGCGCGUCGGCGGCCGCGACCGGGUCUCAGACGCUCUUUGGAGUCGACGUAGCCGCGUGA